AUUCUUGGCACCUCAUCUUUCUGUCCUCACAAAUUUCAUUUUCAUUUAUGCAUGCUACAUGAAAUAACUAAUUAUUUACUAUCCUCCCCUCCUCCACAGGACUAGUUUAGGUAAUAUUAUUUAUCUCAUUUUGCACAACCAUCUGUAUCUCCAGCACCAGCGGCGGCCCCUGAGGAGGGUGAAGCGCCCCACUUGCACGUGGGUGCGCGCAUCUCCAUCAUCUAAACCGCAUUGUAAUGGCCCUGAUUACCACGGUUUACCAUGAUCAGCAUCAUAUCCCUCGUCCUCGAGGCCUGCUGAUUGCCGCUUGUGCGUUUUUACUAAUUUUCAGCCAAUUAUCUUUGUCAGACGCGUUGUCAGAAUCUGAAAUCCUAUUAAAAUUCAGAGACUCUCUGUCAAACAACAAUGCGUUGUCUAAUUGGAAUGAGUCGAAACCGCCCUGUCCCACGGGGAAUUGGGCAGGUGUUUAUUGCAUUAACAACACUGUGUGGGGAUUAAAAUUGCAGGAUAUUGGACUUAAAGGCAACCUGAGAAUUGAGUUGUUGAAAGAUUUGCGGGGUCUGAGGACUAUUAGUGUGAUGGGGAAUGAAUUGGAGGGGGAGUUUCCGGAUUUCAGGGCGGUCAGCUCGUUGAAAAAUGUUUACAUGUCGAACAAUAAGUUUUCUGGUGAAAUCAGGGCUGAUGCAUUUCUUGGAAUGUUCUCGCUGAAAAAGUUUUAUGCUGCAAAUAAUCAAUUCGAGGGUCUGAUACCAGCGUCGUUGGCAGUGUUGCCCAGGCUUAUACACUUGAGGAUCGAAAAUAACAGAUUCAGGGGAGAAAUACCUAAUUUUCAACAAAAGAAUUUGAAGUCCUUUAAUGUGUCCAAUAAUCAGUUGGAAGGUCCAAUUCCUGAUAACCUUGUUAACCUUGAUGCGACCUCAUUCACUGGAAACACGAAUCUUUGUGGUGGGCCAUUGGGUCCGUGUAGAGUAUUUAUGGCAAAAUUACCAGUGGGAAUGAUGGUUGUGAGUGCAGUAGCUGCAGUGGCAGCACUGGCAGCGAUAGUUGUAGCUUUUGUCAUCCUUUAUCGACGCAGGCAAGUGUCCACCCAAAACCAGGAUGGUACUUAUGAAGUAGGGCCAACAUCCUCGAAUAUGCCUCCUGCUGCUAGUGCGGAUUUGGACAGCAUGGAGCAGGGAUCAUCACAGGUUGCUGCUAAAACGACAUCCUUCAAGCGGUCAAUCUCAUCCUCUGUGAAGAGUAAUGCUGUUCAGAACCCCAUGAAGCUGACAUUCUUGAGGGAUGAUCGAAUGAGAUUCAACUUGUCUGACUUGCUUAGGGCCUCAGCUGAGGUUUUGGGCAGUGGGAUGUUCGGGUCUACUUAUAAAGCAGUUCUGGAUGAUGGAAGCAGACACGGUGGUAAAGCCACAUCGAUGGUUGUGAAGAGGUAUAGAAAAAUGAACAAUGUGGCAAAAGAAGACUUUCAAGAGCAUAUGAGAAAGUUGGGAAAGUUUAGACAUCCCAAUUUGCUUCCGUUUGUGGCUUACUAUUACAGGAAAGAAGAGAAGCUCUUGGUUUCUGAUUAUGUCGACAAUGGCAGCUUGGCAUUUCAUCUCCAUGGAGGUAGCAACCCGUUGGACUGGGGAAAGCGAUUGAGAAUUGUUAAAGGAGUUACUCAAGGGCUCUUAUAUCUUUACAAAGAGCUUCCCAGCCUAAUAAUACCCCACGGCCACCUGAAAUCUGCAAAUGUUGUGCUGAAUGAAGAUUGGGAACCUCUGAUGAGUGACUACGCGUUGUCACCCAUAAUAAAUCAGGAGGAUGCACAGGAUCUGAUGGUCGCGUACAAGUCACCAGAGUACCAACAACUAGGGCGGGUGACAAAGAAAACCGACGUCUGGACACUUGGGAUAUUAAUUUUGGAGAUUCUGACUGGAAGAUUUCCUGCCAAUACUAUACAACCAGGGAAUGUAGGUAAAGACAGCGUAGAUCCAGCAGAAUGGGUUAAUUCCCUCAUGAAGGAAAAUAAGAACUGGAAGGAUAAAGUGUUUGACAAAGAUAUGAUGAUGAAUAUCAAAGGAAAAGAAGAUGAACAAGAGAUGAUUAAGCUUUUGAAAAUUGGUUUGGCCUGCUGUGAAAAAGAUGUGGAAGCGAGAUUGGAUAUAAAUGAGGUUGUUGAGCGUAUCAGGAAUGUCAGAGAACCUGAUCGUUAUCCCCUUCGUAAUGAUGUUGAAAAUCAUCAUCAUCAUUAUAGUUCAUCGAAAGAUGAAGAUUUUUACUCUUCCUGUGCUAGUGAAGGGGAUACUCGUUCUUGUAGAGGACCUGACGAUUUAUCAUAGCUCAUAAAACCUUUAACCAAUAAUAUUAUCUUUUUCCAUUCUGUGUAUAGGGGCUUGUCAUGAAUUUAGGUGCAGGGUUAAAUUUAUACUCCUAGCAUCUUUAAAAAUGAAUAUAGAAAUAUUUCAUGUGAUUUAUUUACCCA